GUUGCACCUACUGUCUAUAAGCCAACAGGCAAGCCACCCAUGAAAAGGAAGAGAGAUGCUGAUGAGCCGAAUCCUUAUAAGGUGUCUAGAGGAAACAGGCCAGUGAGGUGUGGAAGGUGUCAACAGGAAGGGCACAAUGCAAGGGGAUGCAAGGCCAAUGUCACUAGUGAGACAGCAUGGGAGAGGAGGCAGAGAUUGCAGAAAGGGAAAUCUGGAAGUGGAAGGCCUUCUACACACAAACAAGGAUCCCAGGACCCAUCUUCAUCACAGACCCAAUCCUCAGCUCAGCCCCCACCAACACAUCAGCCUUACACUAUGGCCUCAUCCAACCAGGCAGCAGGGUCACAGCCACAAGCUCCAGCUCCACAGCCACAAGCUCCAUGGUUAGGGCCACAAGCUCCAUGGUCACGGAACCCAAGUCAAUGGUACUCUUCAAACUUCAGGUACACAGUUAGAGGAGCUCCUUGGUUCUCUUCAAGCCAGCCAACACCACACACCCCUGCAGAAACAUGGGACAGUAGACCACUAUCAUCACAGCCUACAAGACCACCUGCUACCAGAGAAGCUGCUUUGAGAGGAAGGGGUGAUGCAACUAAAGCUCAGAAAUGUAGAACAAAAGGUGGAAAGGCCAGCUGUGGUGGGAGAGGCAAGGGCAGUAAAUGAAGACUAAGUCAAGACACUUUUGUUGCUAUGUAUAAUGUAUUAGGGUUAUGUAGUGUUAGGGUUUUAUGUAGUGUUAGGGUUAGGCAAGGCAGACAAUGGCAAGACACUUUUUAAUAUAGCUGUUCAAACACUUUUUGUAUUUUUGUAAGUUUUGUAAAUAUUGGGCAGCUGCAACUGUUUUGGUUGUUGUACCAAAUGCCUUAUAUUUACUGGUGGUUGAUGAAAGACUAUUCAAUGCCACCUUAAAAUAUGUAUACAAUUUCUCAACUUAAUG